AUGCACGCAGCUUACACAAAGCCACUGCUUCUUUUCAGCGCUGUAGUGGCCCUACUGUCGCUCUAUUGGGGCCAUGUCUCGAAAUGCUCCACGAGCCCAAUUCGUCCUUAUCAAAACAGGCGCCCUGGCCACACGGAGUAUUGUGAGUACGAGUGCGCAGGCAAGCCUCAUCACUCGAGUUGGAGUAGCUGGUGGCACCCGCAACGCAACGACGGUAAUGUCCUCGAGCGCGAGCAGGGUGCUGGCACCACGACAAAAGACUGGAACAUACUAUACCACCUCGGCGGUAACGGUCCUUGGGUAGAAAAGGUCAUUGAUGUCGUUGAAAGCGGGAUUGCUGUACCUGACGGUUGCGAGGUAGAGCAGGUGCACAUGAUGGCUCGACACGCUGAGCGCUAUCCUACCAAGACCGCUGGCGGUAACCAAAAAGCGGUUGUCGAGAAGAUGAAGAAGAGUGGGAUUCGCUUCACUGGUAGUCUGGCUUUUUUCAACGACUGGGAAAUCUUCUGGUCUGAUGACGCGCACCUCGAGCAACUGACCAGCACUGGGCCGUUCAGUGGCCGCCUCGGCUCCUUCACCACUGGAGUUCGACUGCGGACCAGGUACCACCAUCUCGUCGAACAAGCCCUUGCCCGCAACGCGACCACCUACUGGGCCAGCGGUUCGAAGCGAGUGAUAGAGACAGCCCGGCACUUUGCACUCGGUUUCUUCGGUCUGGACACGGCCACUAACCUGCGAGUCAUCUCCGAGAAGAAACAUCGAGGCGCAGAUACGCUCACACCAGGCCGAACCUGUCCUUCUAACCAAAUCGACAGCCAAGAAGGCAAAGCAAAAGGCUACCGACUCAUGGGCGAGUACAGAAACACCUAUCUGCCACCGAUCGCCGAGCGUCUGGCAGCGCAAACAGGUCUGUCCUUCACCUCCCAGGACAUCUUCUCCAUGCAAGAGAUGUGCGGCUUCGAGACUACUGUGCGCGGGAAGAGCGCGUGGUGCGAUGUCUUCACGCAGGACGAAUUCCUCGCGUUCGAGUACGCCCGCGACAUCCUACAUUACUACCGUGCAGGGCCUGGACAGAAGUACGCAGCAGCCAUGGGCUGGCUGUGGCUCAACGCGACGACAAAUCUGUUGCUCGAGGGACCCAACGCGGGGCCGGUAUUCUUCAGCUUUGUGCACGACGGUGACAUCGCACCAAUGAUCACCGCACUCGACAUCAUAAAUGACAGUAAACACCUGCCCACAUCACACAUCCAGCACACCCGCAAGUGGCGCAAGUCGCAAGUCUCGCCCAUGGGCGGGCGCAUCAUUUUCGAGCUGCUGUCCUGCAAGGCCGACGACAGCGGCACCGAAGAGCAAAGUAGCAGCCGGGUGGAGAAGUUCGUGAGGCUCAAUAUCAACGACGGCAUCACGGCACUGCCUGACUGCCAGAGUGGACCGGGCAAGAGCUGUCCGUUGGAGGCGUUUGCGGCUCGGACGAAGAGGAAGGGUGAGGCUGCUGGAGGUUUCAAGGAGCUUUGUGGGUUGGAGGAUGGAGCGGCGGAGAGGAUUACAUUUCUGCAUCAGUAG